AACACCAUCGAAGCCAUCCCACACCAAUUUGGAAUGAAGAAGGGUCAAUCAAUAUCGAAAAUUUUACGGAGAAUUCUGCGACUAAGGCAUCAUCUGCAGCAGCUCUCUUCAUUUUGUCAACUUUCCCACUCCUGACUCCGUCUUCGUCUACUCUCAAAGCUUCAAACGUCAAACCCUAAGAUCAGGUCUCUCUCGCUCUACUUAGAUCGACUCUGAAUUACAUCUAUCAGUGAAUCAUUCAUACUUUCCUAUCUGGGUAUAUGUAAAUCUAUAAUGGGUGGAAAUGGUAAGCAUAGAUGGAAGAUUUCUAUACACAAGUCUUCAUCUUCAUCAUCAUCAUCAAAGCAGGAAAUUAAAGAGCCUCCUGAGGAAUUCUUCUGUCCAAUUUCGGAAUCUUUGUUGUACGAUCCUGUUGUUGUUUCUUCAGGGCAGACCUUUGAGAGGGCUAUCGUUAAAGUGUGUAAAGAUUUAGGAUUUUCUCCGAUUCUCCCUGAUGGGUCAAAGUCUGAUUUUUCUACGGUGAUCCCUAAUUUGGCCUUAAAAACUUCGAUUCGUAGGUGGUGUGAUUCCUGCAAUCACCAGUACCCUCUAGAACCUGAUUCUUUGUCGACCCUAGACUUGGUUCGGUCGUUAAUGGCGUCUUCGGAGAGAGAUUUGCUGAAGGGUGUUGCGGAAAAGGCACCUGCGACGAAGCUUUUCACGCAUGCGGCGACAGAGUUGAAUCCACGUAAGCAUCAUUUAUACAGUUCGAGUUCUGAAGAAUCUGUAAUUGCUAACCUUCCUGAGACUCCAUUGCUUCCGUUCACGACUCGUCCGGUUUGUUAUUCGAGUUCUGAAGAAUCUGUAAUUGCUAACAUUCCUGCGACUCCACCGUUCAGGACUCGUCCGGUUAGCUUUUCUUCUUCUUCUUCUCAUUCAACGGCAUCGGAUAUUGAUCUUGAUGAGGUUAUGAAUUGUUCUUCUGAGGAUGAGGAAUUUGUAGCGAUGAUGAAGAGUACGGUUGUGUAUGAUCAGGAACAGGUAGUGAUAAAGCUUCGAAACAUGACCAGGUCUAAAGAGGAAUCAAGGAUCUCACUUUGUACACAUAAACUGCUCUCGGCCUUGAGGCCACUCCUGUUGUCGAAAUACUCCACUGUGCAGACGAACGCUGUGGCGGCAGUUGUGAACCUCUCUUUAGAGAAGAAAAACAAGGUGAAGAUUGUGCGGUCAGGGAUCGUUCCUCCGCUAAUCGAUUUGCUAAAAGGCCGCUCCAGCGAAUCACAGGAGCAUGCAGCAGGUGCUCUCUUCAGUCUUGCAUUAGAUGACAACAACAAAACUGCCAUUGGUGUUCUUGGCGGUCUCCAACCGCUUCUCUAUGCUUUGAGAUCCGAAAGCGAACGAACUCGGCAUGACUCAGCCAUGGCGCUCUACCACCUUUCCCUUGUCCAGAGUAACCGAGUUAAACUGGUCAAAUUCGGAACCAUCACAACCCUCCUUUCCAUUGCUGGUUCCAGCAGUGACAUGGCUUCACGCUCGUUGCUUGUUCUCUGUAACAUGGCGAUGUGCCCAGAAGGGAGGUCAGCCAUGUUGGACGCGGGUGCAGUGGAGUUUCUGAUGGGUCUGCUGAGAAAGGGUAACAACGGUUCAGUUUCGGAGUCGAGUAGGGAGAAUUGUGUCGCAGCCCUGUUUUCCUUGAGUCAAGGGAGUUUGAGGUUUAAGGGGCUGAUGGCUAAAGAGCCAAGGGCAACUGAGAUAUUGAGAGAAGUGGCAGAGAGAGGUAGUGAACGAGGAAAAGAAAAAGCGAAUAGGAUCCUUAAGUUGUUGAGAGGAAGGGUUGUUGUUGAUGAAGGUGAUUAUGAUGAUGGUGAUGAUGAUGGUGACUCGGAGCCUGACUGGGAAGGAGUGAUGGCAAACGGGCUGACUCAGGGUGGUCGUUACAAGGUUGGGGUGAGGAACAAUGGUAUUGCUGGGCCUAACUCCUCUGUGUUUUGAACUUGUCAAUAAUUAUUAUUGCUCUUUCUCUCUUUACUGUUUCUUCUUUUCUUUUUGUUCUGUUCAUAAUUUUUCUUCAGUGAGAAUUAGGUGAUAGGUUGGUUGGUUAAUCUAUGUUUAGAGUUCAGUUUCAUACAGUAAGAAACUUUACAUUGAAAACAUGGCUGUGUGUUGAUUUUGACUGUAAUGUAUGUAUGUGCAUAUACAACAUUUAAUAUAUAGUCUUUCUUUAUUGAACCCAUUAUUACC